AUGCUGACAAAAGACGAUACUGUGAACAAUAACAAGCGACACUAUGAGAGAAUCCCUUCAGUAGGUGAUGGUAGUAGCAGCUUUGAAGUGGACCAAGUCAUAAUAGAUGCAGACGUAGAGAAGAGAACCUUAUUUGUAUAUGCGCUUGUGUUUUGUGUCUGUAUAGGUGGAUUUUUGUUUGGUUACGACACUGGAGUGAUAUCUGGAGCAUUGCAGCCAAUACAGACUGAUUUCAUCAUGUCAACACGGCAAAAAGAAUGGAUAGUUGGCGCAACCACCCUAGGAGCUAUUUUUGGUGGGUUUUUUGCUGGUCUGCUGUCUGAUAGAUUUGGUAGAAAGCCGCUUGUAUUAUGUGCCGCUUCUAUUUUCAUCGUGGGUUCCUUGAUGCUUACAUUUGCAAUGAGCUAUACAGCAUUACUGUCUGGAAGACUAGUUGUUGGGCUUGGCGUUGGCAGCGCUUCUAUGAUCAUUCCCGUCUAUAUCAGUGAGGUUGCCCCUAAGAGCUUUCGUGGUCAGCUAGCAACAUUGAACACGCUUGUCAUUACAUUUGGCCAAGUCAUGGCCUAUGUUGUCAACAUUGCUUAUGCACAAAAACCAAGUGGCUGGAGAUAUAUGUUUGGAGUAGGCGCUAUUCCUGCUAUUAUUCAGCUCAUCAUCAUGCCAUUCAUGCCUGAGAGCCCUCGUCGUAUGGUAGCCAUAAACAAUCUCGCUGAAGCAAAGCAGACACUACAAAGGAUCUAUGGCUCAUCUGUAUCUGACAGAUUUAUUGAUCAGGAAAUUGAGACUAUACAAGAGGAUAUGCUUCAGAGCAGUCUGGGAACAUAUCGAGACUUUCUACUACGCCAAAACCUCAAACCACUGCUUAUUGCAUGUAUGCUACAAGCUGCUCAACAGCUCUCAGGAUUCAAUACAGCCAUGUAUUACGCAGCAACCAUUCUCCAAAUGGCAGGCUUUCAAGAUCAUCAAAACUCGACAGUGGUGGCCCUUAUUGUAGCAGUAACCAACAUGGUAUUCACCAUGAUUGCAGUGACAUUGAUUGAUAAACGUGGUCGUCGCUGUAUUCUUGUUAUAACCAUGCUCUCUAUGAUUGUCUGUUUAUUCGCAUUGGGUGGUUCCUUUGCUGUACAACAAGGAGGAUUUAUCCCAAAGCAAGACGAAUGUGUAGAAUACACUAGCCAUUGUUCACGUUGUAUCUUGGAUGAUCGCUGUGGCUGGUCCGCAGAUCGAAAUACAUGUGCACCCAUGUCAAAUACUACCAUGCUGUACUCCUCUCUAAAUGCUACUUGCCCUGAGAAAGCAUCUGAUGGCCUCAUUACCUUCAUGCUACUCUUCUCAUUGACUGCCUAUGUUGCUUCAUAUGCUACUGGUCUUGGUUACAUCCCAUGGAUUAUUCAGAGCGAGCUGUUCACACUGUCGCUGCGUGGUAAAGCAAAUGGUAUAGCUACAGCUACAAACUGGGUAUGCAAUUUGAUAGUGGCGUCUACAUUUCUAUCCAUGACAAAUGCAUUAUCGGCUGCAGUUAAAUGGUUACCUGAGACAUCGGGCAAGUCAUUAGAAGACAUACAUGCAUUGUUUCACUGA